UAGUUUCCAGCUGCAGUUAGAAAUCUUAAUUUUAACUGUAUUGGCUUAUUUACAAAUGAACACAACUGAUCUUAAUAUUGCAUAAUAAUUUACACAAAUAAAAUGCUAUCCUUUAGCAAUUUAUUAACCAUUCGAAAAAUUCUAGGUAGCUCUAGUUUGAAUCAAUAUGUUUUGCUUGGAUCAUCAUCCAAAGGAUCAUUUUAUCUUCCAAGUGUUGCUGCAUCAAACCUUUUGAAUAUAUCUAUUAAAAGAUAUCUUGCUACCGCAACUGUUCCUGGUGCAAAGAAAGUUUUUCAACGGGAUAAGCCUCAUUGUAAUAUUGGAACAAUUGGUCACGUUGAUCAUGGCAAAACUACACUUACAGCAGCAAUUACAAAAGUACUUGCUGAUAAGAAGAUGGCGAAACUUAAGAAAUAUGAAGAUAUUGAUAAUGCUCCAGAGGAACGUGCUCGUGGUAUAACAAUUAAUGUUGCUCAUAUUGAAUACACCACUGAAAAGAGGCACUAUGGACAUACAGAUUGUCCAGGGCAUGCAGAUUAUAUCAAGAAUAUGAUAACUGGCACUUCACAAAUGGAUGGUGCAGUCCUAGUAGUUGCUGCAACUGAUGGAGCUAUGCCUCAAACUAGAGAGCAUUUGGUCUUAGCCAAGCAGAUUGGUAUUGAACACAUUGUUGUUUUUAUAAAUAAAGUAGACAGUGCUGACCAAGAAAUGAUAGAGUUGGUGGAAAUGGAGUUAAGAGAACUAAUGUCUGAAAUUGGCUAUAAAGGGGAUGAUAUUCCUUUUAUUCAUGGAUCUGCUCUAAAUGCUUUAGAAGGGAAAAACCCAGAAAAAGGAGCUGAUGCAAUUAUGAAGCUUCUUGGGACUAUUGAUGAAUAUAUCCCUAAUCCAGUUCGAGAUCUUGACAAACCUUUUCUGCUACCAAUUGAACAUGUUCAUACAAUUCCAGGGCGUGGAACAGUCGUCACUGGGCGUCUUGAACGGGGCACAAUCAAAAAAGGAAUGAAGAGUGAAAUAAUUGGAUAUAAGAAACAGUUUGAUGCAACUAUAACAGGUAUUGAAAUGUUUAAGCAAGUUUUAGAAGAAGCUCAAGCUGGUGAUCAAUUGGGUGCCUUAGUGAGAGGUGUGAAGCGUGAUGAUGUUCGACGAGGAAUGAUGCUGUGCCAACCUGGUACUGCUAAGCAACAUGAUUUCUGUCAGGCUCAAGUGAAUUUGAUGACCGCCUGGAUUCGAUUAGGAAGUGAGCCCACAAGGUUUUGCAAGUACGUCAAAUCCAGUUUAAGCCCCUCGUUGAGGAUUUGAUUGCGCAAAUUCACC